GAACACGGGGUGGGAGCGCGCGGUUGGCGAGAGAAGGGGCGUUUAAAUUUGCGGUCAUACUCUGUGGCCAGUUUUUCCACCCCGUCCCAUUCAUACCUCAACCUCUUAUUACGCGUAGCGACACAAGCGUGAUAAGGAUCUCACACGGAGAGAAGGGGAGAGACAGGUUGUUAGAGAGGGAGAAAGGGCGAAAAAGAAAGCAGGUUAAAAUAUAGGCUAUUUUACAGUGACAGAAGGGCAGCGAGACAGAAGUAACGGGACACAAACCGCAGAGACAAGGCAACAGAUAAAUAGGUUGUUUACAAUCCGUCGACAUUGUAGACAUUAAUUCCGGAAAUAUUAAAUUCACAUACGUUGCUGUAGGCUAUUCAACUGGACCAUGGAGAGCAAAAUUCCAGACUUUUCGGGCAACUGGAAGAUGAAAAGUUCAGAAAACUUCGAGGAACUUCUCAAAGCACUGGGAGUGAAUGUGAUGCUGCGUAAAAUCGCCGUGGCAGCAGCCUCCAAGCCUCAGGUGGAGAUCGCUCAGGAUGGAGAGACUCUGUCCAUCAAAACCUCCACCUCUGUCAGGAACACUCACAUCACCUUCACCGUGGGACAGUCCUUCAGCGAGAACACUGUGGAUGGGCGUCCCUGCACGAGUUUUCCUCGUUGGGAGACAGACAGUAAAAUCAGCUGUGAUCAAACAUUGGUGAAGGGGGAGGGCCCGAAGACUGCAUGGACCCGUGAGAUCACCAACGACGGCGAGCUUAUCCUGACCAUGAGCGCUGAUGACGUGGUGUGCACCCGCCUCUACGUCAAAGAGUGAAAGACAAGAAGUACAGAGGAAAAGAAAAGAAAAAAAGGAUCAUCCAGUUAUCCGUCUGACUCUCUCCCUAUCUCUCUCUUCCUCCUGUUCACACUAACCCACUAUAAGACCCUCCUCAGCCUACAGCUGGGGUCCGCUAGUCAUCUCUAGCAUGUAUUUAACCUCCCAGCCAGUCAGCCAGUAUAUGUGUGUGUGUUAGCCUGUGCUAAGGCGAGUGUGAAUGUGUAUUAGCCAUGAUGUGUGUGUGCACAUGUGUGUGUGUGUGUGUUCUGCUGGCUCCUUUUGUUAAAUUGUUAAUUGUCUGUCUUUUCUCUCUUUCCACCUUUCACUUGGAAGUUUUAUAUUUAUUUACUAAACGCUGAUACUCUGGUAAGGUUUUUACUGUGUCUUUUAUAUGGAAUGUGUUCUUGCAGAUGUGACCAUAGCUGUCGGAGAACAAUAAAGCACAUUAUGACA